UCAUGCCCUAAUUCGAAGUCGCCUUCUCCGGGAGAAUGGAAAGUAUAUUCCCAAACAGUCCUUCUUGGUUCGAAAGAGUUUUUUCAACAAUGAAGAGAGAGGGUUUUUCAAAACUGAGAAAAGGGAAGCACAAGCUAAAAAUCCAAUGACAGACCCAUCCAUGAUGACAGACAUGAUGAAAGGCAAUGUCACGAAUGUUCUGCCUAUGAUCAUUAUUGGUGGCUGGAUCAACUGGGCCUUUUCAGGUUUCCUCACCACCAAGGUGCCAUUUCCAUUGACUUUCCGUUUCAAGCCCAUGUUACAAAGAGGAGUCGAGCUCAUCACAUUGGAUGCCUCAUGGGUCAGUUCAGCGUCUUGGUAUUUCCUCAAUGUGUUUGGUCUUCGGAGUAUGUACACUCUGAUUCUUGGACAAGACAAUGCGGCCGACCAGACUCGGGCCAUGCAGGACCAGAUGUCGGGCUCGGCCAUGAUGGCUCCCCCGGACCCGAUGAAAGCGUUCAAGGCCGAGUGGGAGGCCCUGGAAGUGGCGCAGCACGACUGGGUGCUGGAGGGCGUGGAGGAGGAGCUGACGGGCGGCGUCGUGCAGCCCGAGACCAUCUAUUUCAGGACCAAGAACUGAAUACUGGAUGGGGGAGGGGGCGGGCGGUGGCUGGGUGCUGUGAUCUGAUGAUGGCCAUGAUGAUGAUGAUAGCUGAGUGAUUGAUGGUGCAGUGGGCCCUUGUUGAAGCGGACUUACAGAGAUAGAAUAGAAAUGUCAUUUUGCUUGGGUUUUUUUUGUUUUUUUAUUUCGUGGGGGGUUUUUAGAAUAAGGGGAAAAGAUCCCAGCUCUCCAUCAAUCCUUUCUGGGAACUUCUGUUUAUUUAACAUGUAAUUGUACAGAACCAAUUUUUUUAGCUGACUGAUGGCAGGAUGUUAUUAUGCGUGCUUAAGUCGUGAUGUAAGUGCAUGGCUGGAAGAUGCUUUUUCUCGAAUUAUCAGUUUUGGUGGAAUAACGUGACAAGGAAAAAAUAAAUUUACUUAGAAAGUUGAUACAGAAUAGAGGUAUGGCAUGCUUAUAUACACCUUCUGAACGACACUCAAAACCUGACACGAUCUCUGACUUUACUGAGAUUUCAUGCGGUUUAUUUAUUUAAUACAAAGGAUAGCGAAAUCUGCUCUAGCAAGGGUGCACUGUACUGUUUUUUGUAUUGGUUGCUCUGUAUGACUGAAACUGAAAGAAUGAGCCCCUUUUUUUUCCAUUUGAUAUGCUGUAUUGGCACUGUGUAUUGUUUCCUCAACAGAGUGGAGCGGUUAUUUAUGAAAUACUGUUACUCAAGCAAGAAUGAUUUUUAGUAAGUGUUUGUACGCACGUACCUGUUGCGUAAGUGUUGAGUCACGGUAGUAAAAGUUUUUUUAUGUUGUUGGAUUGUGGAAGUAGUGAUGGUGCUGAUAGGGUUGCCCUGUACACUAAUAGGUUUUAUUUGUCUACCAUUGUUUUUUACCAAUGCAGUAGAAAAUUAUUAAGUUUUAGACCUGAUUUGUGAAUAGUAAAGAGAAAGAAGUUGAUAAAUCAAUUGGAAAGAUCUUUACGAAACAUCUCUGACUUUAUAGUUGCAUGUGUGCUUGAAUAGCUUACAUUUUUUUUAACGCAGGAGAAUGUGUGGCUCAUCCACAAGCCUUACUUGUUUCUGUUUCUAUCUGUAAGGUUUAUGCUAUGUCUUUUUUUUCUCCUUUAAAUUACUGCCCUCUUAAAAUAAUGUUCUUUUUAUUGAAUCAAAAUGUCGUUAAGAUUUCACGGAUGAGCGGAAAAGUUAAUCUUUGUUAACUGUAGCUUCGUGUGUCACUUACUCGUAAAUUAUGUGCAGUUUGUGGGAGUCCAUUUAAACAUUCAGAUAAAGCUUAGUUUGUCUAGGGGAUAGUUGUGUAAUGGUGUAUUUCAUUGUAAAUCUUAGCUCAAUUCAUAAAGCAGACUUUUUUUUUGGAAAAAGGAAAAGUGUUUUCAUCUAUCGUAGAUUGGUAUGUCUUACUUUCCAGGUUUCGUUUGCUUACCUGAUAUUUAUUGCACUUUUCUGUGGUUGUUGGCUUACCAAUGCACAGAGGUUCACACUUUCGGUCUGUACCAUGAAGUGGUUUGUGUAUAUUUUUCUUUGCUGGGUGUCUGGUCUUCGAGACAGAGAGAAGAGACUACUUUUCGAAAGUCAUUUUUCUUUAUUUUGGUACACUCUUCUGCGGCAAAAGAAUUAUUGUUCCGCUGUGUUGUUUUAUGGGCAUUGGCAGGGAUUUUGUGCGUCGAUAGUAUGUGCAAACGUAUGUGUCUUGUUCUAGUUUCCAGCCCAUGGCUGACUUUAAUGGCGACUUGAUGUGUGAUUGAGUUUCAGUGUCAUGUCAUAACAGUGUUGUAGGCAUUUGCAUCGACCAGUUGUACUGAAGACCAGUCCUCUAGUAUUAUUUUGUGGCUUGUCGGAGGGCACGGCAGGCAGAUUCUACUUCUUCUUUUUCCUUCUGUCGUUUGUAUCUGCCUUGCUUUUCCCUAUGCUUAAUGGCUGUUAUAUAUUGUGCCGAUGUGCUUGUCUUUACCCAAACAAACAAAACAAUCGUAAUAUUUUGGUAGUUUGGUGGGGAUUUUUUACUUGAUACUUCUGUACUACUGCACCAACAUGGGCUGGUGGGAUUGUGUGUCUCUGUGAGUGGCAGAUGAGAACGUCUUAAUGUGCUGUGGGUGGUUGGCAGUUGGUCUUGUGCGGUCUGCCCUUUUUAUUUCUUAUCAUCACAACUGUCCUUAUCAUUGACUCACUGAAAAUCUCCUACUGUUACCAAGCUCGAAUUAGAAAUGCUGAAGCCAAGAGAAAAGCCUGUAAGUACAUCCACACGUGGAAAUGACACUUUUAAAUGCACAAAUUGUGGCAAACUCUUCUGUGCCAGAUUUGGCCUUAUUAGCCUUAGCAUAAGCCACAAAUCACCUUAAUCCAUCCUAAUUUUCGUCUGUUUCUCUAAGAAAUACUCUCCUCUGCAGAUGCAAUGGUCCUCAUCAGAAGUUGACGGACAAACUCUAGUAUUCCAGCCUUUAUGUAGAUCCUGUAUUUUCCUGUGCUUUGUGUGUUUCUAUUUUGAUCCUUAAUCUUUUUUUUCUUUUUUUUAUUGAUGUUCUUCUCAUCAUUCUAUUUUUUUUUUGUAUUAAUGUUGUGAUUUUUUGGGGUGGUUUUUAUUCCUUUCUUUUUAUGAUAGAAAUAAAAUGGGUUUUUUUUUGUUGUUUUUUUUUAGGUGUUUGGUACUGGAGAAUGCACGUUUUUUAAUAUUCCCACGUUCUUUAUUUUGUCUGGUUCUGCAUGCGAAAUCUUGAAAUGAAUCCUGUUCAUCUCAUAUCUCUGAACAAACGAAUUGCAUUGGUAAGAGGUACCAAACAAUGGGAUAUUUGUGACUGAAGGAAGUGGGGGGUUGCCUAGUGCCAGAAGUAAAAUUACCAAGAAAAUGGUGGCCCAAGGUUGGUGACUUCCAAAGCAUGAGAGUCCUUGGACCUUGGAAACUGCUAAUUUACAUUCUUUGUAACUUUGAUCAAAGAAAUGUGUUGUCCAAAGGGCGUAAAAGAUGUUGAACCAAAAGAAAAAAUUGUUAAUGUUAAAAAUUGCCUAUCGAUCAGGACUUGUCAGUUUCUUCAAUUUUAUCACCUUGGUGAGAGUUUGAUUUUAUGGCUAGGAUAAACAUAAAGAAUUGGGUUCAGAAUCUUUUAUUCUGAUGUCUUGUUAUAUUUUUGUCACAUUGGCUGUUACUCUGGUGGGCUACUCUCUCCCUCUUUGAGGUUUGUCAAUUUUCUAUGAUUUAACCAUUUCACCAAGAUUUGCUUUUCACUUCAUAAAUCAGAGGAAUGUAUUGUUCUACCAAAAAAUAAAUGAAUUUAAAUAGAACCUCA